GUUUAACCUAGUUGAAAUAGUAGAUAACGAGAUUCAAAUAUCACUGCUAUACUGGGAGAAUAUCGUUACUGCGAUUUUUCACGAUUUAGAUAUUUACAAUCCAAAUGGAGCGAAACACUUGUCAGAGUGUAUACUGAGAGCAGAAGAGAGUUAGAUCGAUUUACUGGAAGCGUGAUUGUAUUUGAGUUGAUUUAAUGGGUCACUCGUCUUCUCUUGCACGCGAUUUUCCUCAUCCGAACCCCUUCGACGCGAAGUGUGUGAAGUGUGCGAAUUUUAUGCUCAACGCUGGAACGGGCAAUCAAUUUCAUUUACAGUGAUUUUCACCUUUUGGUCAGCAAUCGUGGUCGGUGAUUGAUUUUGCUAAGAAUAUAUCAGUUUUCUAUGACUAGUUGGUAACAUAUUGAUUCCAUGCUGGAUGUGAAAAGUGCAUAACGACUAACAAAGAAACAGGUUUCACUAUAUCUAAAGAUAUCACGCGAGACGAAUAUAGCUUAUAUAUCUAGAUAACACGAAUUGUAGUCAGUGGCACAAAAAAGACUGCUACGUCGCCGAAAUCCUCAAAAUAUGCGCGUCGAAAUGAACCUCGAUAUUCAGGAAAAUCACAGCCUGAGAGAUGACAUCGAUUCUCGUAUAGAACAGUUCAAGCAGGAUCCAGAAAGGAUGAGCGAAAUGAACAUCUUUGUUGAUGAAGUGCUAAACGAGGCACAGAAAAACGCCGAGGUGAAGCUACGCGAUAAAUCUGCGGAGGACAGGCCCCGGAAUGGAAACAAGCUUUUGAGUGGACUGAAACAGCAUCGCGUUGUCACUCGUACUCGUGGUUUAGUUCUGAGAAUUUUCGAAGCAAUAUGCAAUUGCACAAACUCGGCUACACUACCGGGUCAACGAGCUGCUGGAGCAGCACCAACUGCAGCCACAGUCGCUAACGAUAACAAGUAAUUGCGUAAUUUGCAACCACCGCGUUAAAAGUGUUGACUCGACGUAGCAUCAAUGUUACUAAUUACCGUAUAAGAUUUCCAGAAUGGUAAGAUUUGAAACGGAUGGUAUUCUAAAAAAAUAUUUGGGGAGCUGAAGUGCGUAUCUCAGCAACCAGAUGUGGUGCAUAUUUAUAGUACCAAGGUACAAAUGUUGGUCUACCAGUUCCAAGUAAAACAUCCCAUAUAUAGUGCGUACGUCAUAUAUGUGUUUAAGUGGUUAUUAUAUUCAAAAUAUAAUUUUAAGCUGAGAAAAAAAAAUGCACGUAUGGCAAUAUCUCGCUUAUUGGAUCUAAUCCAUUGCAAUUAAAAUUUGCAUUCCAAUCUUUCGAAAUUAUUUGAUUUUCAUUCCACCGGUGAAUCGUCAAAUCUAAGAAAUUUAUGAUUAAGAGAAAAUUUAUUUAGAAUUAUAAGUAGAUGUACCUUUAUCUAAUAGAAUGCGUCAACGUCAAAAUUUAAUUCAUUUUAAAAUGUUUCAAUUUGGGCGCUUAAGACUGUUAAAUUCCCACGUCUAUAGUUGUACAAAUAAGCAGUUACAUAAAUCGGUUACUGAAAAUUGUUGUUAGAAAUAGGAUGCGCGUGUAUGCAGUAAAAACGGUUUGUAAACAAGCUAUAUUGAAUGUCCAACGUAAUGUAUGUUUACACUAUGAAAAGCGUACGAAAAAUGCAUUUUGUAUAUGCAUACUUUUUAUAUAUUCACUACACCUUUUGAUACCGUAUUUUUAUUUUACUCUGAAACUCCAAUUUUACCACCUGCUCGCUGUAUUUUAGCGAAAACUGCACAAUUACAGAAAGCUAUUUUACCUUUAACAGCACCAUAAUAGAAAAAUUAUAUAUGUAAAUAAGAGGGUAUACUGACAUGAAACAAUCAAACAAAUUUACUGACCGUGUUUCUAUUACCUGCAAGUAUAAAUAUAUGCCCUGAAUUUUAAUUUUGGUAUUUUCCAAGAUUCUUUAGAAUGUUUUUAUGACCAAUAUUACAACAUACAAAUAGGUUAGAUUAUUCGAGUAGUACAACACAUAGUUUUAUUUUAAAAUAAAGACACCAAGGUGGCACAAAUUUUAGACUUCUGUGGAACCGAUGUACAACUAGUUGUAAUACGAUCUACAUCCACUAUGCAAAAUGUUGAUUUGAAAGACUGCACUGUAUUUUAGCACAAAUGGUUUAAAGUUUGUAUUAAAGACGCUGAAUCCCUCUGGAUAAAGACUCGCCAUCUCUAUCUUAUUCUUAUUAUUCUGUAAGUGUCAUUCUAAUCGAGCACGAGACCUGUCAAAAGCACUCAAUCCGAGGAGGAAAAUCGCUUGGAAUCCUUCUGGAACGAAGGCCAUUGACAGGCCUCGUGCUCGAUUUGAAUGACACUGGCAGAUAAAUGGUAAACAAACGAUAGACGUGUCAAGUCUUUAUCCAGAGGGAUUCGGCGUCGUUAGUUUGUAUGUAAUUUAACAUGGAUAAAUAGUCAACAUUAGAUAAUUUCUUGUAGACAAGUUGGUAUGUAUUCUAAAAUAUGUGCAAUGCUAACUUCGAAUGAUACGAGUACAGUGUACAACUUACCCAAAGAGAGUAAGAGGCUACAACUUCUGAUCCAAAAAUUAUUCUAUAUACAAUGCUUAAGUUUCCACAUCGUUCAGAUGCGACCGUCAUGAACAGCUAAUCCGAAGGACGCGAGCUCGAAUCUUGAUUUCUGAAAAUGAAGCAGGAUCAUAUCAUGUAGAAUUGUUAGUUUCAAGUGUUGUAGUGCAUAUUAGAAAAACUCUAGAAAGAGAACUGCGGAGACUCCAUUUUGGAUCGAUUGGAUUCGCGUUUAGCUGUCAAAAAACGAAUCCAAUCGAACAUUGCCUAUCCUUAUAACAUUGGACGUGUUGCCAUACAAUGCCGGGGCAUACGUUGCCAAAAAUGCUGUUUUUCUCUCCGCAGUUCUCUUACUAGAGUUUUUCUAGUGCAUAUCCGUUGAACUUUCACAACAAACGGAAAUCGUUCCCGCUUCAGUCUCGUUUCUAUUGUUACCUACCGUUGAUUGGUGCAGCGCAUAUUAUUGUUCACUACAAAAAAUAUAAUCAUAAAUUAUUCAAUUACAAUUCGAACUAGCGUUCUUAAGAUCACAUAUUUCUGAUUAUACCGUCUGAAUUAUAUUUCCGCUUCACACCAAUGGUAUACUACCGCUCUACGCAUUAUUGUCCCAUGUGUAUACGGAAUCCCAUACCACAUGGGACAUUUAUGCUUAUAGCUGCAGUAUAACUGGUAACAACAACCAAUAGGUUCCCUCGAUUGAAAGAUCAGCUCGCCGGGUAGCCAGAGACGGCACUAUUUUCAUCGGUUCAAUCACAGAGAACAACCGUUUAUGCUCGAUUCGAAAUGUGACGAAGACGUCUGGAACACGUUUGGCAAACUUUUGUUGAUGGUGCAGUAUUCGAUGCAAAGCAGUUGGAGUGCAGCUGUCAAACACGUGUAGUAAAAAAUUGCGUAGAUGGCGAAACACUGAUUUCAAGCGUUUAUCAAUUUGAAACUGUUUUUAAGGAUUUUUUGUUUACACUUAAAUGUCUGUUAUCUGUGGUUUAGUCUUGCAAUAACUUAAUAAUUAGCUGUUAUAGCUAUGUUUUUAGAAAUUGUUGUCCUUGACUAAAUCUAUAGAAGCACUCAAUAUAUUUUCCAGUGGCCCCAGAUGACAUAUUUACGAUUUUAAAGGAAACUCUUUGUUUCUCAUAGUUAUCAGUAGCGUCUGACUCAAAUGACACGUUCUCAUAGUUAACUCCAUACAAAUUUAAAAACAUCUGUGCUAAAACAUGCUCCAACAGGAUUCAUUUAGAUUCGACGAAUUACAAUUUUUCUAACCUAGUUCUGCGAUAUUUAAUUUUUUUCAUACAUCCUUGUGCCACCCUAAUAAAGACUGCUCCAAAACCUUUUUGAUAAAUUAAUUUUUAAAUACGAAGAUAAAAAGCACCAAUGCUAUUAAAUCACACUAACAGAUAACGUUCAUAACUAGAUGAAAAUGGAAUCUCCAUUAGACUUUAUCUACUCCUGACGCAUGUCGAAAAAUAGUGGACCGGUUGAAAAAAAAUUUCGUUGCAAGCGCCUAUCAGGAUUAUAUUACACUGCUCAAGGUAUCCUGUAUAUCAGAUUUAUUUAAUGGAUAUAAUUGUGCAUAUCGUUUAUUGUGCUUGUUUUGAAUAGAUGUAAACUGCAGUCGACAGAUCAAUAAAACGAUAUAUUAAAUUGCU